AUGACUGAAUCAAACUACUCAUGGAGCUGUGGUUGCCCGGUGGCAGAGAUCGCAGAGGUCCUUGCGGUGUGCUGGUACCAGCUGCCUCCCCUCCCCGCCGGCACUGCCAGCCUGGGCUGGUGUAGCCAACCGCAGUCUUGGAAAACAGCUGGAAGACAACUGGUCAUAGUUCAGUUAGAUGGGCUGUAUCUAAAGAAUGUGGAACAUCUGCAAUAUUGUUUUUCACUUAAAAUAUGCAUCUUGUCAAAUGAUUUCAUGAAGAAUAUUGAUUCACUUGUGUGUUGUCCUCAUUUAGUGGAACUGGAUCUCCAUGGAAAUCGGGUACAGCAUCUACCAGGUGCAGUGUUUUGGGAAGGCAUGAAGGAAUUAAAUCUACUCUAUCUUCACAAUAAUGGAACUGGAAAACUGGAUAAUGCGCAUGCAUUAUCUUGCUGUCCUAAUCUGAUAGGCCUCACCUUGUUUGACACUCCACUGAGCCUGAAAAUAGCCUAUAGGCGUAGUGUUUUUAACGGCAUUUUCUCUCUCAAAGCAUGAGAUUACUAUGCAAUUUCUGAUGAGGACAUUGUUGAGGGAUGGAAACUUCCUGAAAAACAUACAGCAUUUUGCCAUUAUCUUUGCCUUGAUUUCUGCCCCGUUGCUAGAAAGGAAGGAAAUGCUGAAGAGGCAUUAAGUCGGGUAAAAGAUGUCAUUUCAAAAAUCAGUCAUGUUUUAGCGCACCGUUCACCAAUCAUAAUUGUUCAAAGAUGGAUAAGGGGAUAUUUAACUAGAGAAAGACUUGGAAAACAAAAAGCAGCAUGUCAUUUACGGAGGACACUGGAGUGCAUAUCGCAGGCUAAAUUACGUGACAGAGCUACCAAGGUCUUAUAUAUGAAUGAUUUUAAAGAAGUUCCUCGUUUAUGUCUUGGAAGAGAAAGACAGCCAAUUACCUCUACUUUGCCCAUAUUGCAAAAAAAAGGGGAAAAGAUUAACAUCAAGCAAGAAAGAUCUCCAUGGAGGAAGGGUCCCCUGAAAAUGGAGAACACUGAUAUGGAGAAACAAACACAAAUGAAAUUUAGUACUUCUACUCCUAAAAAAACUUUUCAUCCAGCUGAUAAGCUGACAUCAUUUCAAGAUAAACCAGCCACUUGGUGCGAUCUACAGUGUCAUUUUCACAGUCGUGCUGCUCCACAGUCUAAUGCCAGAGACCAUCCAACCAGCUUAGAAAAUAGGGUUUUUGCUGGAAUGUACGGACCUAUCAGGUUUGGCCCGUUUUAUGUUAUUGAUAAAUUCUACUCAGAGAACAAGCAACACGAUAGCCAAGCUCAAAAGCUGCAUAAGAUUACACAAAUGCGAACUGCCAAAGAGAAAGGUAGCCAUUAUAUUCAAGAGUUUCUUGAAGAGAAACAGCGCAGUAUUCAGAAAAAAUCUGAAGAAGAUGGCCUGAGAGCUGAAAAAGCUUUACAACAGCAUGAGAAGAAAAGAUCAAGAUUUAUUGAAAAUGUGAGGCAAAGGCAUACUCAGUUCUUAGAAAGCAAGAAGCAAAAAGCAUUUGAGUAUUCAUUAGGUCAAGAUUUCAGUGCUCGACAUAUUGCUUUGACACAGGGUUUGUUAAAACUUGACAGGUGGAGGAGACUUGAUGAUGGCAUAAAGGAAAGGCAAAGAAUUGUUGAGGAAAGUAGAGAACAAACGAAGAAAUAUAAGCAGUUGAUUAAAAAUUUUCAGGAUCAGAGGCAGUUGAGGAUACAAAAAGAGAGCUUGGCAGAAAAAACAACCUUGAGCUCCGUUGUUUCACAGAAGACUAAUGGGAGAUUGCAGGAAGCAAAGGCAAAUGUUGAAAGAGUGAAGGAACAUCGAGCCAAAAUGGAGUGUCUGUACAAGGCACCUGUGCUUCCAGUACAAGACAUAUAAAUCAACUCUGAUGCCUCAAAUGUUAAACAUUCACCCUGUGAAUAUUUAUGGGAUGCAAAAGUUUGAUGUCACUUUUAUAAUUUGAACUGAGCUCUCAUACAGACCUGAUGAAAAGAGAUAAUACUUCUUAAAAACACUCAUUCUUAGAAAUUAUAAAACCGUGAUAUUAGAGCCACUUUUCAUAUUUGCCCUGUUAAAAAAAUUAACUAUCGUUAGCCGCCGCACUGUUGUAGUCUCGGAAUUUGCUCAGAUUUUUCUUUAAUUGCAGGAAAAUAAUAACUGGUAUUUCAGAUUGAGUGGUGUGGCAUUAAAUAUUUACAUUUAUAAAAUAAGUAUUGCAAAUCCACCCUUUUUUGUAGGACUAGAUUAUUACUACUAUAGAGCAACUGGAUGCUGGAUGAAAUCCCUACAUUGUUAAGGUAGUUAAAUGACAAUUAAAACUGUGACUUUAGUUAUUUGUAGCAGAAAAGCAGAAGCUUUGGCUCAGGGACUGUACAUACACCACACCGUGUGCCCUUAGCUAUACAGGAAGGUAUUUGCACUUCCUCUCUGGCAGCUUCCGGCACAGUAAUUUUGUCCCAGCUGCUAACUUUCCAUAACACGUUUUGUACUUUGAUUAGCUUCAUUAUUUGUUUUCAUACAUACAGUUAAUUAUGCUUCAUGUAUUUUGCAUAAGUUCUUUGUAUAUCUGUAUUCCUGCGGAAAUCUCUCUGGUCUAUCUUGGUAGCCAAAUAUACGUACAUUUGGUACAGCUGCUCAGACCCGGACGACCAGCUUUCCCUCGCUGUUUUCUGCGUCUGGCUCUUUUCACCCUCUGCCUUUUAUUUUGCCGUGUAGUAUUUCUUGCAGCGCAGUCUUUCUGUAACUGUCUUAGUGUGCAAAUAUCUGGAAUCCACUCUUUUUAUGUUUUAACUCAAGUACAUAAAGACAUAAGUUUAGUGGCAUGUUACAGUAGAGGAUUUUGCUUUUGGUCUGAUAAUGAGACAUGCUAAAGGAACCAUUUAUAGAGAGAUGUCAGGAAUGCUUUUAAAAGUUCAUAUUCAUUGGUGAUGACAUUUUAAGGGUGAAAAGAUGUGUUUAAAAUGUCAUAUCAGCUAUGUAUUUUAAGUCCAUUUCCGCAGAUAUAUAUGUGAGACAUUUAAGUUAUUUCUGUACAGCUGCUUGCAUGGAUAAAAUUGCAAAUGUUCCCAGGAGUUAACUGUAAUGGCUCUUUUAUAAAAUCUCUUUAGUUUGACAAAGCUUCAUCUUCUUGCAGACUUACUUGAAUGAAAUGCUUGAAGGGAAGGAGGAAUUUGGACGUGGGUCUUGGCUAGAGCAGUAACUUUUCUUCUGAAACAAAUAUUCCAAACUACUAAAAUCCUCCUUUAGGCCUCAGAUCAAAUCAUAG